AGGGUUCAUUCCCAUACAGUUACGCCACUCACAAUAAUGGAUUAAAGUUUAUUCUUGUACAGUCACCCUUUUCGCAUGCAAGGGAGUGAAGUUCAUUUCAAGCGGUGCUGCCACACCAUACGAAUACCGAAUAACAGAGCCGUAUAUGACUGUAUAUGAGCGCCAACGGGAAGAAUAGCGCCGGAGGAAAUAACAUCCUGUUUACAAUGGUUUUAUACCAAAUAAGCAACUUCGAGAUAAAAAUAACACAAGCUGUCUAACACCAUUUAACUUUUUAUCCAAAAAAGAUCAAAUGGAAGGUAGCGGUAUUUGCAGUUGUGUUGUUUACAUGGACAGAGCAGCUGCGCAGCAUGACUCUGAUGAACACGACCAUAGCUCGGCCCGAUGCGGGGAGCGAUUGUUUUAGCCUGAUUAAACUUAACGUGUGUAAGCAGACGUGCAGCCGUAAGGAGUGAGGUGGUGGGCGUUUAUUACAGUCAGAACUCAGUUUUACUGGCGCUGCAAGGCAGACAGUACAGAUUACGGAGGUGUCUGGUUUCUGGAAACGCGUUAAUUUCUGUCUGACUGGAGGAGUCCGCUCUCCCUGCUGUGUUUAUCUCCAGUAUUUAUAGGAAUGUGACAGAGCAGUGCUCUUGUACUCCAAGGUUACCAUGCAAAGGUUACAGUAUUGACAGUGUUUCUACGCCUGUGACGCUUUGAUCUGACCUCGGGAUUCCGUGGCUGAAUACCAGCAUUUUUCAGAAGUUCAAAGGUGUAAACAGUACAGCGAAUUCUAUCGCCGUGCACCAUUCCCAGCCAGGAAAAACGGCUGUCGUCCGUGCUGUCCGUGCCGCGUCGGUGGACCACGUUUCUGGUGAGAAACCUGCACUGAUUUCCUCAGAGCAGCUCAGUCACCUGUAGAUGCGGGAGGGGACGGGAUGUCUGUGAUCUCCUUUCUGCGCCGGGCCUUUAGGCUGUGUGGCUUUCCCGCUGUGGCUCCGAUGUUCCAGCUGAGGGCGUUCUCCGGGGCGGAUGCCAUCAAUGCACUGCGGCCUUUCUACUUCGCCGUGCACCCAGAUUUUUUUGGUCAGCACCCCAGGGAACGGGAAGUGAAUGAAAACUCACUCAAACGGCUCAAUGGCUAUUUGGAAAAUUUGGAGAAACCCGGUUCCCGCUUGCAGAAACCUGCCAAGCUGACCUUCUACGUCAGAGACACAUCAGACAAUAACAACGAUUCACAUGCGGCAGACAGCCCCAGCUUUCGCUCCGUGAGCUUCACCCUGCACACCAAGGAUGUCCUGAGCACCGUCAUGGACGUGCUGAGGUCCUGCAGCUUGUCCGUGGAGCACCUUGAGGAGCUAAAAUCCUACUCGGAGCAGGCCAAGUCCUACCCCAAAGCUGGAGAGCAGUUCUACAGGCCCAUUAAGUGGGAUAAGAGCUACUACAUCUUCACGGGCUUCCGGGACCCAGAGCAGGAGCUGGAACAGGCCAAGAGGGUGGAGACCACACUGAGCACGUGGCUGAGGAACAACGAGGCGGCGGCUGCAAGGAAGCAGGAGGACAGCGAGCCGCGGCGGGAGGAGCUGCAAAGGCUGCGGGAGGCGCUGUGCCAGAAACUGGGCCUCAGCGGUAUCAGGUGGCAGCGAAGCUGGGGAGUCGCUCACAGAUGCUGCCAGUUGCAGAGUUUAAGUCGCCUGUCGCAGCAAAAUCCUGACUCGCUGCAUAACCUACAUGGACACACACUUGUAUUUGCUGACCAAUCAGGGAUGAACGCUUCUGGACAUGUGAUGUUGGGAACCACGGACGUCCAUCACCAGUGGUCAAAACUCUUUGAGCGGUUGCCCAGCUACGAGGCUCUCCUGCAGCAGGCCGACUGGCUGAAGGACAGGAUCAGCCUGCUGGUGGGCGGCAUCCAGGUGAUCCACAUCGAGAGGCUCGGACCCGUGCUGCCCCUGCAGGACCACUACAGCACCCUCAGCACCUUCCACAAGCGGCUACUGCCGCAGCGACCAGCCCUGCACCCCCGCAGCCUACAGGGCCUCACCAUGACACUUGAGAAUGACUGCUCCAGUCCCCGCCUACACGAGCUGGGUUAUUUCAUCAUCCCCACGGUAUGUGACACUGAUGAGCUACAGGUCUUCCUCCUCAGCCGAGCCCAGGAAGCCCGGAGACUCAUCCGGGACAGAGAGCUGCUGGAGGCAGAGGAGCGGGACGUGGUCCAGCGCUGCCUGGGCUCACUGGCACUGCACAGUCUCCGCAAGGAGCCGAGCGUUAGCAGCAGACGCAUGAUCCCCUGCUGCCUGCGGCUGAUGGAGCAGCGGCUGCCCCAGCUGCAGGGUCUGCGCGUCUGCGUAUCUCACUUCUACUCCGUCAUGCAGGACGGGGACCUGUGCAUCCCUUGGGAUUGGAGGGGCUGAGUGGGGGCCCCAGAGACUGGUGGGGCCAGUCGUUUGAGGAUGCUCUUGGAAUAGGGUUCAUAGGAAGCUAAACCCACAGCAGUGUUUCCAUGGUGACACUGCCCUGUCGCCUCUCUGUAAUCGAGAUGGACGUACAGCCUUAGCUGGAUGCUAAUGUCUGUUCCUUCAUCACAUCCUGGUUAACAAUUGAAGAGAGGCCUGUAAGUGCGUACAGAGUCUGUGCGCAGUGCCCCCCCCCGUGACUAAGCUCUCACAAUGCUGCUGUUUUCCUAUUUCCGGGGCCUCAACAGCCCCUCCCCCAAUCACAUGAAGCACACCCUUAUACCUGCGUAGUCGGGGGUAUGUAAGUAUUACAUCUGUGCUCACAGACCACAGGGAACUAGCUGACCUCAGUACUGACACCAGAUCACAGGUCUUUGCCCUGCUAAACCCACAUAAGCCUCAUACCAGGCUCAGUAUUUUGGGCAUACAGGUCGGGUCCCUCCCAGUUAGCUGAAUGAGGGACCCUGACGUACCUUCAGCACGUGUGUGUGCGUGCAUGGGGACCUACCUGGGGCAUACACUGCUGUAUGCCCGGUGCAUGCUGGGACAGGCUCCAGCACCAAAUCAGGUGUCAGUGGGCGUGUCCCUUGUGCCCCGUCCACACUAUCAGCCCAGAAGAAGGAGUGACAUUAGUUACUGCAGAUUGUCUAUUCGAUGCAGAGCCCUCUCAUUCUGAAAGGAUGCGUUUGAUUUCUGCUUUAUGUGAACAAGUUGCAGCUAGUGAUCAGGGCUGGGAACAGAUACAGGAUUAAGGCGGAUGGAGAAAUGUGUUGCUCACUGAGCCAGAGUGAUUGGCGCCCUCUUGUGGUCAGCCUGGCUUUUUAUGUUAUCCUCACCAUACGUGUGAGGCGAAAGAUGACGUGAAUUUAUUUGUGAUUUUCACGUUUUCGUGUUUCCAUUUAAAAGUGGCAAAUGCUUUUUUGUUUACAGAAAAUUCUUAUUGAUGAAAUUAUACACAUAACCGGCCACUAUAUUUGUCAGCAAUGUCCAACACUCAGUGUUAAAACUAAUAAUUUUAAAAGAAUAAAACUUAGCUGUUUUAAAACGUA